AGAAAGAAACAUUACUCUAUGGGUUGAUGAUGUGAUUUCCUCCUGUCAUAGUUCAGUUGCUGGAACAAUUGUCUAUCAUUUCCAAGAGUUUCUAACAAUUGCUACACUAUAAAUCCAGAUGCUUGAGAAAUUUGUUGCUGCUUUGGCCCCAGUUCCAUCCGCUGCCUCCUUGCGGAGACACGUGCUCAGUGUUUCAUCAGACAAGCACAACUGCAUUUUGCACUGAGAGUUCCUUCUUCUCCACAUGGCCUUUCUACUGGUGUCAGCAUACCUUCUGCUGACUCAUGCCCAUGGUGCUCCAGUUGAGAACGGGGCUCUCAUGGAGACACUGAAGUCCCAAGUGAUGCUGUUCAGCAAUAAGAGUGAACACUAUUCAGCACAAGUGAGACCUCCCGGAACGAGCAGACGAAUACCUCACACAAUCAUCAUCGGAGUUCGCAAAGGAGGGACCAGGGCCUUACUUGAAAUGUUGGAUGUUCACCCAAACAUUGUGGUAGCGGCUACUGAAGUUCACUUCUUCGACUGGGAUGAGAAUUACGUGAAAGGAAUUGACUGGUACAGGGGCCUGAUGCCAUUUUCAUAUGAAAAUCAAAUAACUAUUGAGAAAACACCAGGCUAUUUUACCUCGCCACAGGCUCCCGAAAGGAUUCAUGAUAUGAAUAGUUCCAUUAAACUGCUGCUUAUUCUAAGAGACCCCACAGAGAGAGUUAUCUCUGAUUAUACCCAAGUCUAUUACAAUAGGCUGGAAAGCCACAAGCCCGUUCAGCUCUUUGAAGACAUUGUUAUUAAAAAUGGAGCACUUAAUACCAAAUACAAGGCUAUCCAGAGAAGUCUGUAUGACAUCCACAUGGAGAGGUGGCUUAAACAUUUCCAUUUGGAUCAGAUUCACAUAGUAGAUGGAAAUACCUUGAUCAAGGACCCUCUUCCUGAAUUACAAAAAGUGGAAAGAUUUCUGAACCUGCCGUCCAGAAUUAUGUCUUCAAAUUUUUAUUUUAACCAGACCAAGGGGUUCUAUUGCAUUAGGAGUGAUGGAAGAGAGAGAUGUUUACAUGAAUCAAAAGGACGGCCACAUCCUGUUGUCAACAGUACUGUUUUAGAGCAACUUUACUCCUACUUCAGAGAGCACAAUGCAAAUUUUUACAGAAUGAUUAAUCAUUCCUUUGACUGGCAUUAGUAACUUGCGGGGGGAAGCAGUUUGUUUUCUAAUGUCCUGCAGUAAUUUAUUUUCAAGCACUUCUCAUAAACUCUGAGUUGCAUCCAACUUGAUAUGAAGACCAGAGUUUUCUACCCUGGGGUUCAACACUAGAAGUCCAUUGCAUUAAUGGCGGACACUCUUUAGUGUACUUGGGGGCAAUAGGCUUAGUGUUGGCUUUCAAUUACAAUAAUGAACUCGAUUGCACCAGUCCAAGUCCACUGACUUCAAUGGAGUUAUUUCAGAUUUACACUUGUAUAGCCGAGAUGACUCAUUUGUCUCUCUUUAUUCAAAGUUAUAAGCAAAUGGAGUUUCACAGAAAACCAUUC